AGGAACAUCCUGUUAUCAUUCCAUUUCUCGGGCCUCUCUCUGCCCUUUCACUUUCACAUUCCCUUCUCCAGUGCUGGCUGCAGGUGGGAGGAGCACAUUCAGCUGCUGAUUACAAUCUGCCGGGAAAGACGAUUUCUGCUACAGCAACAGAACUGGGUGCCUUCCAUUGCAAAAGCUCCUUGUGGAUUGGCUCUGAUUCUCGGGAGGCCCUAGGGGACCUUUCACCCUGGAGCAGAGCCUGGCACAUUCCUGUGGUUAGGACCCCUGCCUCAUCCAGCACACAAAGAGGGCGAAGUUCAGGCUGUUCGUACAUCCCAGCAUUUCCUAACCCUGAGUACUCAACUUUGGAACCUAAAUAAUGUUCUUUUAAUGUGUUUUUUGCUGCACGGGGAGCCGCACGUUCCUACAGGCCCCACAAGUGAAUGACGCAGUUUGUUCCUGAGCUGGAAUUGCAGUCGUUCCAAUGGCUGCAGAGCUGGGUGCAAGUGCAGCUUUGGGUUUCCAGCUCCAGGCACCACUACAACACUGGGUACAGCCCCCACUGAAAAUGGAAGAGCAGGACCCAGUCAGCCCCAAGCCAGGGGAGAGAGUGGAAGGGGCAGAAAAAACCCUUUGUGUCAUCCAGGCUGGGACCAUCGGAGGGCUACUGAGAUGGGCAGCACCACAAUGGGUUAAGCAGAAGCCACAGGAGGAGCCAGCCACCCUCUGUAGGGAUGACACCCACAUAGAGACGCGGCAUUGGCGCUUCAGGCAGUUCCACUACCAAGAGGCCAAGGGGCCCCAGGAGGCUUACAGCCACCUCCAGGAGCUCUGCCAUGGCUGGCUGGAGCCACAGAGCCAUACCAAGGAGCAGAUCCUGGAGCUGCUAAUCCUGGAGCAGUUUCUGACCAUACUGCCAGAAGAAAUGCAGAGGUGUGUCUGGGAACAUGGCCCUGAAACCUAUGCCCAGGCAGUGGCCCAGGCAGAGGGGUACCAGCUGAGGCAGCCAGAGGUUGAGGGGCCAGGGCUACAGCCGAUGGCAAGACUAGUGACAACAAAGUGGAAAUGCGUCACUCGGGAGAACAACCAAACCAGAGCAGAAAGAAUGGACAGCAUCGCCCUGGGGAACACCACCCGGCAGAACAAGCUCAUAAGCAUCCCAAGAGUGGGAAGGGCAUCAGUGUCAGCUCUGCCCUUAUUACACCCCAAAGAGUCCACGCGAGCAAGAAACGCUGGAUCUGUGAUGAGUGUGGAAAAAGACUUGGCAACAGCUCGGCUGUCACAAAACACUGGAGGAUGCAUGCCUGCCAGAAACCCUUUGUCUGCACUGCCUGUGGUAGGAGCUUCAGCCAGAGCUCAGUCCUCAUGACACACCAGAGAACUCACACCGGGGAGAGACCUUACAUCUGCACCAAGUGUGGGCGACGCUUCAGCGACAGCUCCAACCUCACUCGGCACCAGAGGACCCACAUGGGACAGAAACCCUAUAUCUGCACUGGC